AACAAGGGAGCCUCAGUGCAGGAAGGGCCUGGCCCUUUAUCUAGCCGCAUGGCUGGCAAAUAGGUUUAUUCCAGAUAGCCACCUUUGAAGGGGAUGCCUGAGCCAUCAAAGCUUAAGUCCGACACUGCAAAAAAUCCUGGCUCGGUGGGUGGACCAUGCAAAGCAUGAUCUCGGGGUGGUGAGUUUGAGCCCCAGCCGGGGCUUAGAGAUUACUUAGAGAGAGAGAGAGGGAGAGAAAACCCAACUGCUCGGUUUACACUACACUUGCACUCAGCACUCACCCCGCCCUUGACCUCCCUGAGCCGUCCGCGGAAUGCUCUGUCCCCAUCCAAGGUCCUCAGCUGGGGCGGGCUGGAUGCCUAUAAGAAGGGGUCCCCUCUGGGACCGGCCUCCUGCCACCAUGGACCCCCGACCACUCACCUGGGCACUGGUGCUGCUGGGCACGGCUCUGGCGCUCGCCCUGGGCUCUGCGCCGGCUCCGGAAGCGCGGGAGAAGCUGUGUGGCCACCACUUCGUGCGCGCGCUGGUGCGGUUGUGCGGGGGCCCGCGCUGGUCCUCCGAAGACGGGCGGCGGGUGGCUGGCGGCGACCGUGAGCUGCUGCAGUGGCUGGAAGGACGACAUCUCCACGGGCUGGUGGCCGAAGGGGACCCCACGCUGGUUCUCAUUCCACAGCCCCUGCCCCAGGCCUCUCGCCAUCACCACCGCUGGCGGCGGGCAGCGGCCGCCAACCCUGCCCACCACUGCUGCCUCAGCGGCUGCUCCCGCCAAGACCUGCUGACCCUGUGUCCUCACUGAACGCUCCCGGGGGUGGUGUCGGAGGAUCCAGAGACCCAGAGGGGUCCGGGCUGGUGAGCUCCUGCAGCCACGCAGCACCGCAAAGCCCGAUCUGGGAGGAUGGUGAGAAAAAUCACCUCCCCGUGCUCCCCACCUCCCCCAGGCCACCUUCCUCUGUGGGGCCAACUGCGAAAAAAAUCACACCUCAACCCUGGCUUGGAAGAGCCGUGGUUUCGUGGAGAUGCCAGACACUUGGGGCUAAAUGUCCUGCCCUCUGAGGAGCCCCAGGUGCCGCCCUCCCCGGAUCUGUGCACCCCUCCUUGCCAUCUCCCUAAUGGUAAAUAAAUGAAGCUCCCGCAGAAUCUGAA